AUGAGUCGAAACCUAAAUUUAACAAAAAAAAAAGAAGAUCCAUCAGAAGAUGUGGAUCUUCUGUAUUCAGAAGAUCCAUCAGAAGAUGUGGAUCUUCGGUAUUCAGAAGAUCCAUCAGAAGAUGUUGAUCUUCUGUAUUCAGAAGAUCCAUCAGAAGAUGUGGAUCUUCUGUAUUCAGAAGAUCCAUCAGAAGAUGUGGAUCUUCGGUAUUCAGAAGAUCCAUCAGAAGAUGUUGAUCUUCUGUAUUCAGAAGAUCCAUCAGAAGAUGUGGAUCUUCUGUAUUCAGAAGAUCCAUCAGAAGAUGUUGAUCUUCUGUAUUCAGAAGAUCCAUCAGAAGAUGUGGAUCUUCUGUAUUCAGAAGAUCCAUCAGAAGAUGUGGAUCUUCUGUAUUCAGAAGAUCCAUCAGAAGAUGUGGAUCUUCGGUAUUCAGAAGAUCCAUCAGAAGAUGUUGAUCUUCUGUAUUCAGAAGAUCCAUCAGAAGAUGUGGAUCUUCUGUAUUCAGAAGAUCCAUCAGAAGAUGUGGAUCUUCUGUAUUCAGAAGAUCCAUCAGAAGAUGUGGAUCUUCUGUAUUCAGAAGAUCCAUCAGAAGAUGUGGAUCUUCUGUAUUCAGAAGAUCCAUCAGAAGAUGUGGAUCUUCUGUAUUCAGAAGAUCCAUCAGAAGAUGUGGAUCUUCUGUAUUCAGAAGAUCCAUCAGAAGAUGUGGAUCUUCGGUAUUCAGAGUUUAAAGUCGUCGAAUAUUAUGUGAUAUUAAACAAUACAUUUUACUGUCAGCUUGUUGAUAAACAUUCCCUUAGUGACGUCACUACCUGUUGCGUCACCGUGCCAGAUAUUUCUUAG